GAGCGAAUCGUAUUUUCUCUCUCUCUAGUCUGUGAUAAUCCUAACCUCAAACUUUUAGAAUAUUUUCCGAGGAAUUAUAAUAAUGUGAUCAAAAGUAAACGUGAUGAUGGAUUUCUGGCGUGAAACGUUGGGUGCGCCGACGAAAAUUGUCGCUCCCAUGGUCGACGCCAGCGAAUUACCGUGGAGAAUUCUGAGCAGGCGGUACGGCGCCCAAUUGUGUUACACCCCCAUGCUGCACAGUUCGAUAUUUAGCAAAGACCCGAAAUAUAGAAACGAGGCCCUGUCUUCGUGUGACGAAGACAAACCUUUAAUAGUUCAGUUUUGUGGAAACGAUCCGCAAGUAAUGCUUGAAGCAGCUACCUUGGCACAAGAUCAUUGCGUGGCUAUUGAUAUUAACUUAGGCUGCCCACAAGCGAUAGCCAAGCGUGGUCAUUAUGGGGCAUUUUUGCAAGAUGAAUGGCCUAUUCUGCAUCAAAUGGUGUCAUUACUGAGCAGCAACCUUAAGGUGCCGGUCACAUGCAAAGUUAGGAGAUUUGAAAACAAACAGAAAACUGUAGAGUACGCAAAAAUGCUGGAAGCUGCUGGCUGUAAAAUGCUUACUGUACAUGGCCGUACCCGAGAACAAAGAGGUCCUCUUACUGGACUAGCAGACUGGAGUUAUGUUAAAGCUGUUAAGGAUGCAGUUAAAAUACCCGUCAUUUCAAAUGGUAACAUUCAAAACAUGCAGGACUUGAUACGGUGUAUGGAGGAGACUGGAGCUCAGGGUGUAAUGAUUGCCGAAGGAAAUUUGUACAACCCCGCAUUGUUCACAGGUCAGAAUCCCCCCGCUUGGGUGCCAGCGCUCGAGUAUCUUGAUUUGGUCGACAGGUAUCCCUGUCCCUUAAGCUAUACCCGGGGGCACCUUUUCAAACUAUUUCAUCACAUUUUAUCCAUACCAUGUAAUAAUUAUUUGAGAAUUGAAUUGGGCGCUGCUAAUACCAUGAAACAAUUUCGGGAAAUUGUAAAAAAAAUUCAAGGGCUAUAUGAGCAAUACCAUAAUGGUGUUAAAUUGUGGGAAAAAACCACACACUCGGGGACCUCUAACCUAGCAUUACCACCGUGGCUUUGCCAGCCCUAUGUGCGAGAAGAUCCAGAGGACCACUUAAAAAAAAUAAGCGAGAAAGAAACCGGUGCACAGCUCAGAUUGGCUGUGGGCGAUAAAAGACUAUACGAAGACGCCGAAGGUAACUUAAUCAGCAGGAAAAAGAUGAAGAGAUUGCGGCGGAUCAGUAGAAGACCCCAAAAACCUGAUAAUUUACCAGAACGACCCUUGGAGAAGUGUUUGCUGUGUGAGAAUCCUUUGGGUUCCAAGUGUUCCUAUAAACUGUGCAAGAAGUGUUGCAAGGAUAAAUGCUUCCUGGGGAACUUGGAUUGCGAGGGGCACAGGAUUUUGGUGAGGACAAGGCGGGAAAUGGCGCGAGCGUUUGCGGAGAAACGGGGAGGUAACAAGAAGACAAAAUAGCAUUUUGUAAAGAUUGAAAAAAAUAUUUU